AUGGAGGAGGGUUAUCAAAAUAAUCGCGAUGAACAACUGCACGUCCUAAUGUUCCCGUGGUUAGCCCACGGUCACAUCUCCGCUUACGCAGAGCUCUCCAUCAGGCUUGCACAGCAAGGCACUAAAGUUUCCUUCUUUUCAACGCCGCUAAAUAUAGCAAAGAUCAAGCCUCUGUUUGCAAGCCGCCAGAUCCCAAGCAUUCAACUGUUGCAGAUACCCCUGCCAAAAGUAGCGGGACUUCCACCAGAGAUAGAGAGCACCUCAAAUCUGCCAAAGCAUUUGACCCAUCUGUUUGACAGAGCCCUGGAUGGAUUAGAAGCCCCAUUCGAAAAGCUUUUAGCGGAUAUUUGUCCGGACUGCGUGAUCUUUGACUUCAUGCAGUGGUGGGCGGGGAGAGCCGCCGCCAAAUUUGGCGCAGCUUCUAUCGCUUUCUCUACAUUUGGUGCCACUUUUAUCAGCUGGGGAAUGCAUCCUGUUUGGCGGCAGUACAAGAACGGACUUACGGCGGAGGAUCUGGUGGAAGAGCCAAGAGACUAUCCUUCGCGGUCGGUCACAUUGAGGCUGUAUGAAGCGGCGGGGGCUUUAUUUGUCCACAGUGCCCCAGAACCAGGUGCUAUCAGUUACCCUGAGCGCUGCUUACGUGGCUUAGACGCCUGUGACAUCGUGGCUGUCAAAACGUGCGCUGAGCUGGAGGGCAAGUAUGUUGAGUAUUUUGGGAAGGUGACUGGGAAACCAGUUGUUCCGCUUGGUCCUCUCUUGUCACCGCACGUGUCAGAAAGAAAUGCUGACUCGGAUGUGAUGACGUGGCUGGACAAACAGUCGCCGAGCUCUGUAGUCUAUGUGUCGUUUGGGAGCCAGUGCUUUUUAAGCAGGGAAGAGAUUGCUGAGGUGGCAUUGGGAUUGGAAGCCAGCUGGCAGCCCUUCUUGUGGGCCCUCGAUAGUGAUUCAUUUUGGGUUCCAGAAGGCUUUGUAGAGAGGGUUGGGGAAAGGGGUGUGGUUGUUAGAGGAUGGGUUCCACAGAGGGAGAUACUAGUUCAUCCUAGUAUUGUGGGUUUUAUGACUCACUGUGGGUGGAAUUCUGUAAUGGAAGGAAUGAGCAAUGGUUUGUCUUUUAUAGCUUCACCUAUGCAGUUUGAUCAAUGUCAUAAUGCAAGGUUGGUUGUAGAGGAAUUGAAGGCGGGUGUUGAAGUUGGGCGAGGAAAGGAUGGGGUUUUUCAAAGGGAGGAAAUUUGUAAAGCUGUGAGGAUGAUUACAGAGGAUGAAGGGAAAGAGAUUAGGGCAAAGGCAAGGGAAAUUGGUCAAAUGUUCAAGAACAAAAUAUUGAAGGAUGAAGGAACUCAAGAUGAGUAUAUGACUCAAUUUGUAAAGCACUUGGAGCUCCUCAAGGCUAAUGGGAAGCUUAGAACAGACAAGGAAAUCCGACAUUAA